UCGGCUACACAUGUGUCUCACUUCGAACCUCAUUCGGGUCACUACUCGCUCGUGACCUCUGACCUGUCGGAUUCCAGCGCCUCUCACUCAGUGUAAACAGUGCCUAUUAUAUUGCCUUUGCGUAACUUUAGAAAACAAAGUGAAAGAGCAACAUAAGAUCAACAUACAUCUGACUUACAGUGCUUUCGCAUAACUAGAAAACAGUGAAGUAUCUACUCCAAACUUCUUAUAAGAAAACAACCGCAAGUAUGAAGGGCCCUGUGGCAACCCUUAAACCCGAAGAAGGUCCGAGGUUCAUUGGACCUGACACUCCAAUCGACUCCUGGCCCUCCGUGUACAUCAAGGAGGAGCUGCUCGAGUCGGCGGACAACAACAACUCGAACUCGCCGGACCCGCUCAAGACUUCCAAGGUCGAGCUCGGCGAAGGGCUUGAGGACCAGGUCGUCGCACACACCGAUCUAUCUGAUGGAGAAGCUCGCGUGGAAGUGUCCAGCUCGACCAACGGCGCCGUCGCCGUGAACACUUCGCCCGCACAGCACGACUCCUUCCUCGCCCUCUGCGGCGACGCCAACGACCAGCCGCAGGAUGUCUGUGGGUUCUUCUUUGCAGGCGACAACGGCCGCGUGACGCCCGUGGACCGCGAGAUCAAGCUGUCUCCCGCCGCCCGCAACAGCCCCGAGUUCGUCUCCACGUACAUCCAGCAGCUCGACAACUACCCCGCCGCCCAGCCCCCGCCCCCACAGUGGUACAGCUACAGCAGCAGUCAGUGGGCGCCAUACGGUUACCUCCCCCGCGCCGCCGACGGCAGUCUACACCGCCAACUACUACGCCCCGCAGCCGUACUCUUCCGGCCAGCAGUCGCCGCAGCAGAUCUACUCCGGGCAGCACGUCACCUACUACGCGGCGCCGCCCCCGCCCGCGUUCGCGCACCCCGGCUGGGGCCCUCCCCCUCACAGCCCCAACCCCGCCAAUGCCCCGUCGCCGACCCUGCCCUCCCACGGCUCGUCGGGGCCGCUGCCGCCCUUCAGCCACCCGCAGCGGGGCUCCUUCACCUACAGCUCCCCGAUCUACCACCCGGCCUCCACCUCCCACCUGGACGAGGCCGAGCCCCACGCCGUCCACACGACGCACUCCGGCCAGACCUCGCACUCCGCCAUGCACGGCCAGACCAGCGUGUCGCCGCACUCCUCGCCGGCGCACACCACGCACCUGCCUCCCCUGGGCCACCCCGCCCACCCCGCCCACCUGCCCGCGCCCCACCCGGCCAGCCUCCCGCACCACGUGACCCAGAGCGGCGCGACGAUGGGCCUGAGCGGCGUGAAGUGCGAGCCCAGGGAAGUGACGAGCACCAGCAGGAACCCCGACCAGGCGAUGCCCGCCUCCACCGGGCGCUCGUCCACGCGCGUCUUCAGCUCUGCGCUCGAGGCCACCUGCGCGCUCUGCGGGGUCAAGUUCGCGUCCUCCGGGCACCUGAAGCGCCACCUGCAAGCCCAUGGUGCCAACAGGAGGUUCCGGUGCCACGCCUGCGACUGUGCCUACAGCCGCCAGGACAACCUCAGAAAGCACGUCGCCGCCGCCCACGAGAACCACAACCCAGCAAACUAAGGGCGGCCUUUCCCUCUGUCGAGUAAGUCAUGCACAAUGGAUUCCCGCGGGGAUGAGUCUUCGUUAUAGCCACGUGUUGGACUUUGAAAUGAGUCGCAUUGCGGUGUGAGAGUUUACUUGUUCCCUGAUCUUGAUGUGCCCAGUUAUUUUUUGCAAUUCUAGUACUGAGCCUGAACUGUUAUUUUUAGGAAGCAUUUUAAUUGUUGUUCUGAUGCAGCGACAAGCUCUGUUUUCGUGCCAAGCAUCAGGAAAAAUGUAAACUUUUACUAUGUAAGUUUACCCCCGAGACUUACUAAAUAUAAAUGUAAAAUAUUGUGAUAAAGCUGUAUUUUUAGCAAUUGUAUUGUAUGUGAUAUGCAUUGCAUAGCAGACCAGACAAUUAACAUGAAUGUGAUAACUCAUGUGCCCGAUGAAUGAUUGAAUAUAUGUGUGUAAAUAUGUAAAUACAGUUUAUAUACUUCCGACAUUAGUUUUAAUUCUAUUAUCAUAAUAAUUCUAGCAAAGGGAAUGAUAUUCUGUUUCCUUACAGAUUAGAGAUCUGUAAGUAAUGGUCAUAUUUAUGCUGUACAUUGGUUGCUUGUAGUUGUAGGUCAAUAAACUUCUUUUUCCCCAUUC